AUGAACGAUUGCUUCAGUACUAUUCACGAUGUUGAUUUGCCUGACCAAAAAGCCCGCUUCAAAGUGUAUGAAAUCAGAAACUCUAAUGGCCCGGUGUAUGUCUUGCAUCAUGGAGCUGGCCAUACUGCCAUGACUUGGUAUAAGUUGGCCCAGAAUCUCAAAAAUCUAACUACUGUAUCGACAUCCACAGAAUGCUCGAUUCUCUGUUAUGAUGCUCGUGCUCAUGGAUCAACUGCCUCGGAAUCUGAAGAUAUUCCAUUGAACGUACUUUCAAAUGACUUGGCUGCUAUUAUCAAUCACUGCUAUCCUCAGCCCCACAAAAGGGACAUCAUAUUGGUCGGACAUAGUCUUGGAGGAUCUGUCGUAGUUGAUGCCAUGUCCAGAUCACUUGUUCAAGGAGUUCGUGGUGUUGUGGUUUUGGAUGUGGUUGAAGGCAAGAUCCAUUUUCAUGACUGA